UUAACAACAGUGCUGGCUGAAAGAGUCAGCCCAGCAGCCCCACCGCAGCUUGCUGUGCCCGGCAGGAGGAGGGGGUCCAGUCCACAAAGUUGCUCCAUCCUUCAGCUGCUGACAGGGUGUUCUCACAGGAGUGUGGAGAACACAGCUAAUGGUGCCCACAAACAGAAAACGGGGCCCAAGGUCACUCUGCAGCAUUGUCUUGGGACAUUACCCAGUUUGGGGACAGCCCUACAAGGCUCCUCUUAGUUUAGGCUUGAUGAGAGUGUAUAAAGAGAGACAGGAAGCUGCCCCUAGGAAACCUCCAUUGAGACAACAGUUUUAAAUCCUUCUGCUGUUGAUCACACAAGGCAUCAUUUGCAUGAGAUGCUUGUGCAUCAAGUCCACAUGCGCACAUAAAGUUAUUCCCUAAUUUUCCCAAAGUAGAUUAAUUCAUAUAUUUUCAGAACAGAAAAAAUAAUUUAGUCAUAAGGACUCCCUGAGAACUGCACCAAGUGACUCCAGCUGAGCCAGCAAGCGUGUUUGAGGAAGUCACCCAACAGGUGGGAGCAGAACCUUAGAGCAGGGCUGGUAUCAAGAGGGGAUGGAAGCAGAUGAUAGAUGGGAACCACAAGCCUGCCCAGAGCACUUCUCAGAAAGAAGCAGGGCAAUUGAUCAUAGGGCAGGGACUUUCAGCAUGAACCAACGCCCAGGGCUACUUAUCAUAUACUCCUUAUCAUGCUUGAAUCACAAGCUCAGUGGGGCAAGCCCUGUAAUCCCCCGAAUAAUGUCAGUACACUGCUCCUGCUCAUCAGUUAAGCAAUAAAUAUAGCAAGUUAUAAUGAAGGCACUAGUAUUUGCAUAUCAAGAUACCCAGCAAGCCAAAGCCAGAAUUGAAAAAGUAAUGUAACACGUGAUGCUCUACCACAGAAGUCAGCUAGAGCUCCAUAAUGUCCUCUGAGUCUUGGGAACAUUCAUCUAAACCCAGUGGUCACACUUCUCUGCUGGGGGGUUACACAAAGGCUGGCGAAGUGGCCAGUGUGGCUUUCUCUCAGCCCAAAGCCUUUGGCAGGGGUUGAGUCUGGCUGAAUCUCACCACUGCCAGAUCUCCGAGCAGGUUCUGCAAUCUUCUGACAGAAGCACCUUCUCCUGAACCACAUGCAGACAAACGCGCCUCUUCCUUUCGUGUACUCCACCUCUUUCCUUCUCUAAAACUAAUGGGCCAGAAUUAAGUCACACUUUUCCAUCCUCAUUUUCCUAGUUUUCUUUCCAUAGCUUACUUUUCCAUGCUACUGACCUUCUAUCCCUCCAUUCUACUCUCCUCUCUUCUGCUUCCCUCCCUUUCCCCCUCCCCCUGCUUUCUCUCCCUCUGCACUUUGUGAACUGCUGCUGCAGUGCUGAAGUCCAAAGUUCAGUAACUUGCUAAGCACACAGAUAAAUAUGAACCUUGGAGAAUUUACAUUGCUCCAAUGUAAACAGAUAGCCAAGGGUCCCUUUAUCAGCACUGGCUCAGGACAGUCGUGGGGGGUCUGAAGUGGCUCAAUUUUGUAUUUUGUUUUUUUUUGGGGGGUGUAAAGGCGGGAGGCUGUGCUGUGCCCACUCUCCUGACAGUCGAGCGUGUUACCUCAGGAACAUGGUGUAGGGAAGCUGGAAGCAGGAUAACCUGAAAUUCAAAUCCAAGAGACACCAGCCUGAAGACCAUGGUCUCGAAGCUGAGUCAUCUCCAAGCGGAGCUGCUGGGAGCGCUGCUGGAGUCGGGGCUAACCAAGGAGACCCUGAUCAAGGCGUUGAGCGAAGUGGAACCCUACGUGCUCCAGAGUGAAAGUCAGCGUGCUAUCAAUGCCCUCCAGACAGAGAAAGGGGAACCCUGUCCCGACAUCUCCAACCUCCCCAACGGAAUGGGGGAGUCCAGGUUAUCGGAAGAUGAAACCUCUGAUGACGGGGAGGAAUUUACCCCUCCAAUAAUGAAGGAGCUGGAAAACUUGAGCCCUGAGGAGGCUGCUCACCAGAAGGCUGUGGUGGACAGACUAUUACAAGAGGAUCCCUGGCGAGUUGCAAAGAUGGUGAAGUCUUACCUCCAGCAACACAACAUCCCUCAGCGGGAGGUGGUAGAUACUACUGGUCUGAACCAAUCUCACCUCUCACAACACCUCAACAAGGGCACUCCCAUGAAGACCCAAAAAAGGGCAGCCCUCUACACCUGGUAUGUCCGCAAGCAACGAGAGGUGGCUCAGCGUAAGUAUGGCAACAACUGUUCUCCUGUCUCAAUUUCAUAAAGGCCUCUGUUCUCCCUUGCUAAUCCUUACUCCCUAUUUUUAUCAAGGAAAAAAUUCCCUUGCCCCUUUGUGCCUGCAGAAUUCACACAUGCUGGCCAAGGUAUCCUGACAGAGGAGCCCAUGGGAGAUGACCUACCCACCAAGAAGGGAAGAAGAAACCGCUUUAAGUGGGGUCCUGCCUCACAACAGAUCCUGUUCCAAGCCUAUGAGAGACAGAAAAACCCCAGCAAAGAAGAGAGAGAGGCACUGGUAGAAGAGUGCAACAGAGCAGAGUGUAUUCAGAGAGGUGUUUCUCCAUCUCAGGCCCAAGGACUGGGCUCAAACCUGGUGACAGAGGUCAGAGUUUACAACUGGUUUGCCAAUCGCAGGAAGGAGGAGGCUUUCCGGCACAAGCUGGCCAUGGACACCUUCAGCGGACCACAGCCCACCUCUGCUCCCCCUCUAACUCCUCACAACUCCUCCUCCCUCCAGCCACCGUCUGCUCUCUCACCCAGCAAAGUUCAUGGAGUGAGGUACAACCAGCAGCCAGCCAGCGAGGCAGAGUCCUCCAGCAGCAACCACCAUGGGAACAGCUCCAUGGUGACCACCCAAACCAUCCUGCAUCAGGUUUCUCCCCCUGGACUGGAGCCCAGCCAGAACCUACUGAGCACAGACACUAAGCUGGUCUCAGCUCCUGGAGGAACUCUCCCUCCUGUCAGCACUCUGACUGCCUUGCACAGCCUAGAGCAAAAUCCACAUCCAUUGAGCCAGCAAACUCAGAACCUUAUCAUGGCAUCGCUGCCAGGCGUUAUGGCAAUUGGAGCUGGUGAAACCUCAUCCCUGGCACCAGCAUUCACCAACACAGGUGCCUCCACCCUGGUGAUAGGCCUGGCCUCAACCCAGCCCCAGAGCGUACCUGUAAUAAACAGCAUGGGGAGCAGCCUCACUACCCUGCAGCCUGUCCAGUUCUCCCAGCAACUGCACCCAUCCUACCAGCAGCCCCUCAUGCAGCAAGUCCAGAGCCACAUCAACCAGAGCCCCUUCAUGGCUACCAUGGCCCAGAUACAGAACCCUCACGCUCUCUACGGCCCCAAGUCUGAAGUGGCCCAAUACACACAUACAGGCCUCUUACCACAAACCAUGGUGAUAACAGAUACAGCCAAUCUCAGCGCCCUGACUAACCUGACACCAACUAAACAGGCAUUCACAUCUGACUCAGAGACUCACACAGAGUCUGGGAUGCACACGCCAGUGUCACAGGCACCAACGAUACAUUUACAGAACCAAGACACAACCAUCCAGCACCUUCAGCCAGGCCCUCGCCUCACCUCCAGCCCUGCUGUGUCCUCCAGCAGCCUGGUGCUGUACCAAAGCUCUGACUCUGCCAACAGCCACAGUCAGCUGCUGCCAUCCACUCACAAUGUCAUUGAGACCUUCAUCUCCACGCAGAUGGCAUCCUCCACUCAAUAAUCAAGACAACUAGCUCAAGAGUGACUGCCAUGACCAACCUGUCAGGUGCAACUCCAACUGUGUUUGCCGUCACUGUCACCACUGCCUUCCCUGGGAAGGAAAGGCUGCUGCGCUCAGCUGACCUCCAGCCCCUACUGACUCAAACAAAUCCCCUAUUCAGCUGCCUCCGUGAGAAAAGAUGUCUCCGGCUUAUGACAGAAGCCAUGGAAAGGUGAUGCUGGCACUGCUAAUAAUCUGUCCCACAGAAAAAACAAGCAAACCAAAUGCCACGAGCCAGCCUAGAAUGACCAGGCAUCCUUUUAUGGCUGUCCAAGAAGGAAUCCCAUCAAGAUAGGGAUCUGAAUACAAUAUGGCAAAAAUUCCAGGGCGUGGAUGGGACUUUCAUUCUGCUCAGCCUUCAUCAAGCUGGGCCUGUACAAACCUGCCAACACCAGGCUAAGCCAUGCAGGAAAGAGCAAAGCUAAGCUGCCAAAGAAGGGACACCACCUUUAAAACACUCACCUCCUUUGCUGUAUAGAAGCACCAGUUGGAACUAUGAGAAAUAAUAUUGUCUUGGAGGCAAGAGUGAGAGAAUCUGGUUCCUGACUUUGCAACAAAAAUCACCAAGAAACAGAUUCAGAAACAGCUUGGCACAAACCUGUCAGUAUAGGAUCACUGACUACAAGCUACAAUUCCUUUAAUUAACGACAAAAAAUAGGAAACAUUCUCAGUUAAAAAUGACCUGCCCUAAAAUCAUGCUAUCCU